UAACACCGGUCUUGACAAACGCCGGCAGAGAAACGAAACACGGCUCAACGCUUAAAAGCGACUGCGUGAAACGAAACGGGUCCGUUUACGCCUAAUUCACCGGGAGGAGUUCAGCAGAGCGAGGUUAGAAGGCGGCCGAAAUGUCCAACGGAAGCUGGAAACCCUUUGUCUUCGGCGGACUGGCCUCUGUCACGGCGGAGUGCGGAACAUUUCCAAUCGACUUGGCCAAGACGCGGCUUCAGGUUCAAGGUCAAGUGGGCGACAGCAAAUACCGAGAGAUCCGCUAUAGAGGCAUGCUGCAUGCUAUCGUCAGGGUAUGCAGAGAGGAGGGCAUCAGAGCUCUAUACUCAGGUAUUGCCCCUGCCAUGUUGCGUCAAGCAUCCUAUGGGACCAUAAAGAUUGGGACCUACCAGACCCUCAAAAGAUUAAUAGUUGACAGACCUGAGGAUGAGACUUUAAUGACUAAUGUGGCUUGUGGCGUUCUGUCCGGAGUCGUUUCAUCCUCCAUCGCCAACCCCACUGAUGUGCUGAAGAUCCGCAUGCAGGCUCAGGGAAAUGUGAUCCAGGGCAGCAUGAUGGGCAAUUUCAUCAACAUCUACCAGGAAGAGGGUACGAGAGGGCUAUGGAAGGGUGUCUCUCUUACAGCUCAGAGAGCGGCCAUCGUGGUUGGAGUUGAGCUGCCAGUCUAUGACAUCACCAAGAAACAUCUGAUCCUGUCUGGUUACAUGGGGGACACAGUCUACACACACUUCCUGUCCAGUUUCGUGUGUGGCCUGGCAGGGGCUCUGGCUUCCAAUCCAGUGGAUGUGGUGCGGACCCGCAUGAUGAACCAGAGAGGAGGAGCUCUGUACCAGGGAACAGUGGACUGCCUGCUUCAGACAUGGCGCUCAGAGGGCUUCAUGGCCCUCUACAAGGGUUUCUUUCCAAACUGGCUUCGCCUGGGACCAUGGAACAUCAUUUUCUUCCUCACCUAUGAGCAGCUGAAGAAGAUUGAUGUUUGAAGGAUGUGGGAAGAAAACUGUGGGGGGAAAAAAAAUGAAGAAAAUGAGAUUGCCCUCCAAGAAGGGCAGAAAGGACCAAAUAAGGAAUGGACCCAUGAUGUACCCACUAGAUUGGGGAGGGGGGUGGGGGUCUAUGCACCAUGUAGUCAGUCCCAUGUUUAGCAAAAUCAAGAGCAUGGGCCUGAUUCCUUUAUGGGCUGCAUUUCUCAUACAGAAUGUGGCUGUUAUACAGAAGUUGGAAUUACACACACACAUACACACACACACACACACACACACAGCCUGCUGUUUCAGUCCAUCCAGAUGUUAUCUGGAGGUUUAGCUGUUUAUUUGAACUUCAGAUACAUUAUUGAUUGGCUGGUAAAUAGGAGGGGACAUCCAAGAUACAGAAGCGGUCAUUUGCAUUGGCUCAUCUUUGGAUCAGUUUAACUGAUUGGAAUUGUGUCUCUCUUGUCUAAAUCCACGAGCACUUUUCCACUGAGUGCCUGCUCUUUUGAGGGUUGCAAAAGUGUAAUGUGGGAAGACAUUCACUGCUUUCCUUGUGGGCAGUUGCAGUGGAACUCCAAACGAGGUGCCUUAGUUUGUGAUACGGUCUGUCACCAUGUCUGGAUUACAAGAAAAAUCAUUGAGUGUCGAAGAUGACCUGACAAUCUAUGCACAGUAGUGUUAAGAGAUAUGUGCAGUCGAACACAAGCUUGGUCCAGUAAUCCAGCUAUUUUUUUUUAUACAUGGGUAAUAUUUGAGGUGUGUGUGUGUGUGUGAGAGAGAGAGAGAGAGCGAGAGAAUGAUAAAGAGAAAGGUGAAGAUAUUUGUAAGGAUCUCCUUAAUAUUAUCUUGAGUUAGAGCCUAAUGUACAUCAUAAUGUACUCGAAUAAUGAACAGCAUAAACAAAAACGUGCAGAUGCAGACAUGUCUCUGCAGAAAAAACAUGCACGCACACACACACACACACACACACACACACACACACACACACCCUUAUGCGGUAAGACAGUGGUCGCUUGUGCAAGGGUGCACUGGUGUGCAAGGAUGUGCAGGAGGAAACCUGACUCUGGCCAAGCAGGGUGGCAGUAUUUGGCGUGGAUCUUAUGCCAUUUGCUUCCCAGAAUUAAGUUUUAACGGCAAACACUAUAGAUAGAUGUUACAUAAUGACCAAAUGCUCUGCCUGGCCACUUCCCACUCGGUCGGUACGGACCACUGAGAGGCAGAACAGUGUUCAGACUAGCAGCACAACGUUUUGAACACCCUGGAGAUGGGUUCAUUUGAAAGUGUUCAGAAGUUUAAGGCACUGAAAAUUUUGAUCACGUCACCUUGGUAAACCCUUCGCUUCACUGUGUACAAGAGUUCAGAGAUUCACUCGGGUUUGCUUUCUUUAUAAUGCGUUCGCACGAGUUGUUGGUGCACUUGUUCUUGUUGUAAGGAAAUGUAGUUGGCUGUUCUGCUUGUGCAAGCUGCUCUUUGUGCCAAAGUUUCGAUGCCACUGUGACCCCGAUGCCGGUGUAAAUGCGGCCAUGCUCUGUGCAUUUGAAAUACAAAACGAUAAUAAAUAUAUUAAGUAACCUUACAUGUGUUCGUCCACGGGGCGGCGCUGUGGAGCUAAGCUUUUUUUGGC